CGAAUUCAGUCAGUCUUUGACAAAAUAUCGUGAAAUCAACAGCUGAAUACUGUGAAUUCGAAAAAAAGUGUUGUGCAAUAGAAAAGCUGUACGGCAAAUAUUAGUGUAAAAAUUGCAUCAGUUCACUACGAAUUAAAUACAAAACCAUCUAAGCAGUAAAUUUGAUCUACAGUAAAAAUGCCACGACGUGGAAGGUCAGCUUCUCCUCCACCGGCUCAGCGCAGGCCCGCACCGGUUGCCGCCGCUCCGCCCCGUCCGGCACAGAGUCAGCCGAUGGUCCAGCCUGCACCACACUCGGCUGUCGCUGCACCAAUGGCAGCCCCCAGCCAGGGACCCGGAUUAAUGGCCCAGAUGGCAGCUACCGCUGGUGGUGUUGCGAUCGGUUCCGCCGUCGGUCACACCGUUGGUCAUGCUCUCACCGGAAUGUUUAGCGGUUCCGAUUCAAAGGAGGCAGCCCCAGUAGGACAGGCUGCUCCGGUUCAGCAGUAUGCUCCGGUAUCCGGCGAGGCUAACACUCCGACCGGACCAUGCUCGUGGGAGAUUAAACAGUUCCUCUCCUGUGCCCAAGGACAGGCCGAUUUGACCCUGUGCGAAGGUUUCAACGAGGCGCUCAGGCAGUGCAAGAUGCAGAAUCACAUGUAAAAAGAGGAUCCUCUUCAACCGGAGGACGUCCUAUGAUUGGCCGGGCUGCAUUGAAUGUCGAAAAAAAUGUAGUAGUCUGAAUACAUAGUGUUCACUUGAUACUUUUUGCAUGAAGUUGAUUGAAUAAAAUAUAGCAUAAAUGUUG